AUGGAUCCCAACCACUCAAGCGGCUUUGUGCCAUCAUUCAGUGUUGUGGCUCGGCAUAUCGCCUCCCGGUUCGGCACUCUUAUUCUCAAGAUCCUAUCAUUCGUCGUCACGGUGCUUCUGACCGCGCUCCUCAGCAUCGGCGUUGCAUUCUGGAAACUUGCUCGUUGGGUGUUAUUACUCUCUUCCAAGAUAUGGACAUCGAUAUUUGCCGCUAGGAGGGAGAGAUUCAUGUUGGACUCGAGCAAAGAAACUGGGAGUGCUGGACAAGGACACGGAAGAUCAGGGCAGGAAAUUGGACUUGCAGGCCGAAACGGAGUGCCAGAAGGAUGGGUCAGAUACGUCAUCUGCCGGACGGAAGAUAUCUCCGAUCUCGACCUGGAGAAAUGUGAGGGCUGCCAUCAGGUCUUGGAGACGGAGAUUGAAAUGCUGUCGGGAAACGGAGAUUCGAUUGAGGAAUUGGCGGAGCGGCAGAAGAGAGUUGGGUUUUGGUUGGAGGAGAUUGAGAGAUUAGAUCGUGAUAGUGGGUAUUCGUCUCCUGAUGCUGAAGGUGGUGUGGGAAGAGAGAUAUUUUGGGGGUUACAGGGCUGUUGA